ACGAGGUUUUAAAGCCUUUUUAGGAGGAGACUUGCUUUCUAGCAAUUCACUCUAUCAGAGUAUUUUCUCCGGUGAACAUCCUAAGACGACUUAUCUUAAGACUAAGUGUAAUUGUCGCGGUUUAAUUCAGUGAGAAAAGUGAUACAGAUGGAAAGAACGGACGUGGUACCAUUCGUUCUGAGAUAUCUGCUGAGCUGCUGAGAUAGGUUUUCUCAAGGAAAAACGUAUGAAAUAUGUCUCUGGUUACCGAGACUGCCAAACAUUACAUCGGAAAUGUCUACGAUUUCUACCUUUGGACAUUAUCUUUAGCAGAUGAGAGAACCAAAGGAUGGCCUCUAGUAGACUCACCAGUUCCUAUGCUUACAUACAUUGCCAUAUACCUUUUUAUAGUAUGGGCCGGUCCAAGAUAUAUGAAAAACCGUCCAGCCUUCAAAUUGAAGUGGCUUCUUUUUCCCUAUAACAUAUUGAUGGCUGGAUUGAAUGCCUAUAUAGCAAUUAAGUUACUGAUAGCUUCCACUAGGUUACGUUAUAGCUAUGUUUGCGAGCCAUGCAGACAACGCUUCCAUCCUGAUGAGUUACAGAUAACAGACGCAGUUUGGUGGUAUUAUUUUUCUAAGCUAUUAGAAUUUUGCGAUACUAUCUUCUUCAUUUUGCGAAAAAAAGAUCAACAACUGACGUUCCUCCAUGUCUACCACCAUUCUACCAUGUUCUUCCUCUGGUGGAUAGGAAUCAAGUGGGUUCCAAGCGGAUCAUCUUUCCUUCCUGCUAUGGUUAACUCUGCCAUUCAUGUGUUGAUGUAUUCCUACUACGGUCUGGCAGCUCUUGGACCAGCUAUAAGCCAAUAUUUGUGGUGGAAGAAAUACUUGACUAUCCUCCAAAUGAUACAAUUCACUACUGCCUUAAUACUGGGUGUCAAUGGAAUCAGAACAGGUUGUGAAUUUCCUUUGUGGAUGCACUACACUCUUAUUUUUUACAUGCUCUCUUUUAUUGUCUUGUUUGGGAACUUCUAUGUCAAGGCAUAUUUGGAAAAAGGAAAUCAAGUCUUCUUUGGAAUGGAUGUCGGUUGUGGACAAGGAAAUACUUACCAGGAGAAAACGAAAAAUGGUUACAAUAAUUUCUUGAGCUCCAAGGAUGACUGAUAUUUUGUAAUUAAGAUAUGUUAUCUUAGUAUUGAAAACUUUUCUAUUUUCGAAAAGCGAAUAGUUAUAUGAAGGUACUUUUUUUAGUAUUUAAUAAAGAAUUAUAUAAAACUGAA